AUGGCAGACCGAGUGAGCUUCAGCACAUCCAAAGUCAACCCUCGGCCCACUGCGGCUCCUGUGCUCCCCCCUGAGCCCAUUGACAUCAUUCGCAUCAAGGCACGCUCACGGCGGGUCAGGCUCAAUGUUGGAGGUCUUACACAUGAAGUCCUGUGGAGAACGCUGGACCGGCUGCCCAGAACACGUCUGGGAAGGCUAAGAGACUGCAACACUCACGAGUCACUGCUGGAGAUCUGUGAUGACUACAGCCUUACCGAGAAUGAGUAUUUCUUUGACCGGCACCCGGUGGCCUUCUCCUCCAUCCUCAACUUCUACAGGACAGGGAAGCUGCACAUGAUGGAGGAGAUGUGUGCCCUGUCCUUUGGCCAGGAGCUGGACUACUGGGGAAUCGAUGAAAUCUACCUGGAGUCAUGCUGCCAGGCGAGGUACCACCAGAAGAAGGAACAGAUGAAUGAGGAACUGAGGAGGGAGGCGGAGACGCUGAGGGAGAAUGAGGGCGAGGAAGAGGAGCAGGGCUGCUGCCCCGACAAGAGACAGAAGCUCUGGGAUCUGCUGGAGAAACCCAGCUCAUCUGUUGCUGCAAAGGUCCUGGCUAUGAUCUCCAUCCUCUUCAUAAUCAUUUCCACCAUCUCAUUGUCCCUGAACACCCUGCCUGAGCUCCAGGUGGUAGAUGAAUUUGGCCAGUUCAAUGACAACCCUAGUCUUGCCCAUGUGGAGGCUGUAUGCAUUGCCUGGUUUACCAUGGAGUACAUUCUGCGCCUGCUCUCAGCACCCAAGAAGUGGAAUUUCAUAAAAGCACCACUGAACAUCAUUGAUUUGUUGGCUAUCUUGCCUUAUUAUGUCACUCUCUGCUUAACUGAAUCAAACAAGAGCGUGAUGCAGUUCCAAAACGUGCGCCGUGUGGUCCAGAUCUUUCGAAUUAUGAGGAUCCUGAGGAUCCUGAAGCUGGCCAGGCACUCUACAGGACUCCAGUCUUUGGGGUUUACUUUGCGAAGGAGCUAUAAUGAGUUGGGGCUACUGAUCCUUUUCUUAGCCAUGGGUAUUAUGAUCUUCUCUAGCUUGGUGUUCUUUGCUGAGAAGGAUGAAGAUGCCACCAAAUUCACCAGUAUCCCUGCCUCCUUCUGGUGGGCUACUAUUACUAUGACCACUGUUGGGUACGGAGACAUCUACCCACAAACUCUUCUGGGCAAGAUUGUAGGGGGGCUCUGCUGCAUAGCAGGUGUGUUGGUCAUUGCCCUUCCCAUUCCAAUCAUUGUCAACAACUUCUCUGAGUUUUACCGAGAGCAGAAAAGGCAGGAGAAGGCUAUCAAGAGGAGGGAAGCUCUUGAAAGAGCAAAACGGAGUGGAAGUAUUAUUUCUAUUAACCUAAAGGAUGCAUUUGCACGUAGUAUGGAACUCACAGAUGUCUUGGUGGAAAAGAAAGAGGACAGUAAGUGUCCUGUGGACAAUCAUCUGUCACCAAGUCGCUGGAGUUACCAAAAGCACUACUGCAAUACAGAGGUGGGUAGUCCAGGCAGGUCCCAACAUUCAUUUUACCAGGAAGUGGCUCAGCUGGGCUCCCCUGAACGAGUCAAUCCAUUGUCUAACAAAAUCACCCCUCCACAUCGCAAUACGAAGACGCUGGACAAUGCUGACAAAGAGACUGCAACCAUCCCAGAACAGCAAGACAAAAUUAUUGAUGAGCAGAUAGAGAUGAAUGUAAUUACUUCAACACAGCAAACUUCACCUGAAGUCAGCAUUGUCAAAAGAUCCUCUAAUGUGGGUGAUGAUUUAUCACUGGAAAGAGGAGAAAAAAGGUCUCUUCUCCCCAUUGCUGAAGGAGGUCAAUCUGGUGCUAGACACCAGCGUAUCCCUCCUCCCUUAGAUUUAAGUCAGAUCAGCAGCAUGGAGGUGAACAGGGGCCCUGACAGCAUCAAGCCAAUGACCAUCAUCAAAGAGGGUUUAUACGAGUUUGUGUCCAGUCCCAGAGGAAGUGGGACUGGAGAUAUGGGUCUUGUGCCACAGAAUGUGGAAAGCUUUGGGGUGACCUAUGACAGCAUCUGCAGCUCCUUGCAAGAUUAUAGCAGCCCACAGAAGACAAAAGCCCUCAAGGUUGACUUCAUUGGAGCCCAAGAUGAUGUAUUAACGGCAGUGAUGACACCUGUGGUGACCCUUGCCUCGGGUGGUUCAACCAAACUUGGUCAACUGCUUUCCGAUGACACAACACAGGAAGGGAAGUCUCCACUGGCAAUCCUGCAGUCAGCACCUCUUGUCCAGCAAUCUGUCAGUCCAAGCAACUCCCAGGUCGGAGGUGAGGGCUCAGCAACCAGGAGCUUAGAAGUUGAAGGGCAGCUCACAGGCUUAAGCCACCAAGGGAGAAAUCACAUGGAGAGGUCUGCUGUUGGCUCCAGCAGGAGUGCUAGCCCACUGUCUUCUAAAAGCAGCCCAUUCAACUGCACUCAGGAGAUAGUAACAAUGGAGGGAGGGGAGGAAGGAGAAGGAAGGGAGGGAGCAGAACUGAGCGGAGAGAAACAAGAAAACCACAUUGUUCUGGAUGGAAGCCUGACACCUCCCUGUGAAACAAGCAUGUGAACCCAAAAGUAAAGAAAGGUUCACAGACAAGGACACCAAAUGGACAAGUUGAGGAAAAGGAUGACAGCACCUACCCAGAAUGAACCUUAGCAACUAUUGCCUGGGGUGGAUGAUGGCAUAUUCAUCAAAGUGUUAAACUAUCAUAACAGUUGUUAUAGCUUUUCUGGAGAAAUGCAUUGGUCAUAUCCCGAAAGACUCCUGUUUUUUGGGUUUUUUAAAAACAGGAAUCAUGAGGAUGUACCCCAUAUCUGGGUAAUAUCUGACAGACACUGUCUCAUAUCAGAGGAACUGAUUAUUCUCUGAAGACCAGACCAAUAUGCUGCAGAGAAAAAAGUGAACAGUGGUACUUUAGGGCUCAUAUGUGAGCAUAAAUCAAGCCUUGUGUGAAUUAAAAUAUUUACCCUGAACUACUUUGAAAAGUUUUUGUGUACAACAGGUCAACAGGUAUUAUUUACAUUUCCUGAUUGCUUGCCUCUUCCCUAUUUGUAAUGCACUAUUAUGAUGGACUAAUAACACCAAGGAAAGACAGAAUGUGGAAGGAAAUAAUAUUUUUUGCAAUUGCCUAAGCAAGUUAUGAAAAUUUACUGUUUAUGAGACUUGAAAAAACAAUGAUGAGUCUUUUUCUGUAUUACAGGUCUUGCUUACUCAUCGUUCUGUUAGGCCAGGUAUUGUGUUCUUGUAAUGAGAUCAAGAUCAAAUUCAAGCACAUGAUACAGGACUAAAAGUCCCACUCUUGUCACU